GUGUUGAUCAGCAGCGGCACGUGUGUGGUCUUGUUGACUUCGAGCUCAAGUUUUGACUGGUUUCGUUGUUUAUAAUGGAAAAGCAAAUGCUGAUGUCAGCCGUCCUUCGUUAUUUUCGCACUGUUGUCUUACUGCUGCUGGUCAUCUGUGGCUGUCCGGUGGUUAGAUCUUCUCUAGCUGCCUCCAAUGCGCUGCACAAACUGGGCGACUUCACUUACCCUUACGGCAGCAUCUUCUCCCCGCUGCUCAAAGCCCUGUCAGAGCACGGAGGGCCGAGGUGGAACCCGGGCCUGAAGAAGAAAAUGAAACCCGAGCACAGGUACAUGAAAUAUCUGACCGAGGUUUUCAAGAAGUCCUCCAGAGUGCAGAGGAGUUUGGACGGGGAUAAAAUCUACAACACAGUCCGACUGAUCAAGCCACAAGAUGAAUGUCUUGCACAAAGUAAUAAAGAAAGUUUUAUGCAGGAUCUUUCCUACAGUCUUGAUCAAGUGAGAAGAAAAGAACAGCUUCUAAAGUCGGCUCUGCUGUACAAUUCUGAACACGACCGUGCAGCACCCAUGAACUCCGUGUGUUACCUGAGUAUCAAGGAGCGGGAGCAGUCAAACCAGUGUCAGCUGUGUCCUGUAGUCUACCAGGCUGUGAACUUCACAGCCGACUCUGAUGGGAGGAGCAGGAGGAACUGGGUGGAGGUUGAUGUCACCUCAUUUGUCCAGCCUCUCUUAAAGUUUCAGAAGAAGAAUAUACACCUGCUCAUCAACAUCACCUGCCCGGAGGAAAAAGGGGCCAGGGGCUCUCGACCUAAAGGCCCUUUGGAAUUCACCCUGAGGCCCCCUCCUCUGCUUCUUUAUCUCAAUGACACCAGCAAAAUCGCCCACCAGAGGUCACUGGUCAAUGCCAAACUGGGUGAAAGGCCAGGGGCUGCAGCAAACACAUUUCACAAGCAGAUGGUGCUCAAACCAGAGCAGAGGUUCGGGCGCAAGAGGAGAUGGAAGAGGGAAUCUCCAAAGAGCAAACGCGGUGAUAAAAGCCUGGAUACCCACCUGCCUGAGCUUCUCCCGAGCUCUGAAUUCCCGACAAGUGACUGUGCCUUGUAUGAUUUUAGGGUGCGAUUCAGCCAGCUCAAACUGGAUCACUGGAUUGUUUUUCCUCCAAAGUACAACCCCAGGUACUGCAGAGGCAUCUGCCCGAGGACCAUGGGCUUCAUCUAUGGUUCACCUGUUCACACCAUGGUGCAAAACAUCAUCUAUGAGAAGCUUGACUCCUCUGUGCCCAGGCCCUCAUGUAUUCCCUCCCACUACAGUCCCCUGAGUGUCAUGAUCUUUGAAGAGGAUGGAUCCUAUGUCUACAAGGAGUUUGAAGACAUGGUUGCCACCAGGUGCACAUGUCGCUAAGCCAGCUACCAACAUAUAUUUGCUUUUUUCCCCUCUUACAGGCUGGAUAGAACAUCACCACAAAGCCCCUCAACAGUCAUCACAGGUGGACUCUACCUCCGAGUGUCUCCUCAUUAUCCCAGAAUCAGAUAUUCUGACCAGGUUCAGUGAUUUCAUGAAUUUAUAAAAUUAUUGUGCAUGAUCUGGAGCAGGUGUGUUUACUUAAACAAAAACGUAUUUUAUCCUAAUGAAAAAUAUGGAAACGUGACCUUUAUAUCAUUUUUGUUAAGAGAGGGUGCAAAUGCAUUCUAAUGUUCAACUUACUAUUUGCAGUAUGUUAUUGAGUCUGACACACUUGAAGAAGAAAAUGUGUGAUGUAUAAUUUGUAGGAUUUUUUUAAGUUUCUUUUUUUGUUAACUUAUUUUGGUUGGGUGGUAUGUCAUUAUUCUUUAAUUUAACACAAGUUUUAAGUAGCCCUGUUGUGCAUAAAAGAUGAAAAAACAGUCACAAAUCCUUAUCAAACCUUUUACAUAUCGUUUUAUUCUUGGGGAUUACAGACAGCUAUAUUAUGAAGACACCUGUCUUCAUAAUGUCCAGAAUGAAAGUUGUCAAGGUUUCAGUGUGUAUUUAUUACUUCUGGUCACUGAGUGACUAAAUACAUAUGAAUUGACUGCAUACUUGUGACUUCUUACUGGUUGAAUGGGAUUACAUGUCAUGUCUAUUUAUGCAAAUUGAAUGAAUUCACUGUGUGUCUGUGGUCAGCUUAGGGAUAUUCAAAAGAAUGAAAAUAUGUUGACAUAUUCUAUGAAAAGUUGGAAAAUAAAAAAAUAGCAGGCAUAAGUGUUUUCUUUGUCUGCAUACAGCUGGCUGAACUGCUCAGACAACACAGGGGAAAUGUG